UAGUUUGAGAUUUUACUUUUAGUAUAAUUUGAACUUGAAAUGAAAACUCAAACUGGAUAAUAAUUAUGGGACGGAGGGAGUAUAAUUAUCCCAUAGCCAAUUUCAUGUUUAACACUACUCGUGGUACUUAGUAAUAUUACAAAAAGAUUUAUAGUAGAUCAAACAAAAACUCGGGUAAAAUGUUAUUCGCCCAAAUUAAUUUUUUUUAAAAAAACUAUUUCCCAAUUUCUAAUUUGUCUUCUUCUUUAUAAAACCAGUAAAAUUUUGGUUUUUUGGGCGCUACAAUUUCUCGUCACCAUAAGCAGAAACUCUGAACCAACAAAGACCAUUAGGGUUUAUCACUCGUAAAGGAAAAUGGCGACGGGAUUAAGACUGGUAACUGAGAGAGUCGGUGAUGGAGCCGGGGAGCCUAUUCUCGAUGCCCAAAACGGCGAGGAACUUGUCCACGUACAACCAUCUGUCUCCAUCGCCCUCGGCAACCGCCCUCUGGAGUCCCCUGGAACCCUUUACAUCUCCUCCAAGCAAGUGGUGUGGUUGAGCGACGUUGACAGAACAAAGGGCUAUGCCGUUGAUUUCUUGUCCGUGUCUCUUCAUGCUGUUUCUCGCGAUCCAGAGGCCUAUCCAUCACCUUGCAUUUACACUCAGAUUGAGACUGGUGUUGAGGAUGAUGAAUCAGAGUCUUCAGAUUCUGAAAAUAAUGAGACCCUGGACUUGUCAAAGAUCACUGAGAUGAGACUUGUCCCAUCAGACCCUGAUCAGUUGGAUACGCUGUUUGAGAUAUUCUGUGAUUGCGCUGAGUUGAAUCCUGAGCCUGUUGACGAGGAAGAUGGAGAACAUAAUUGGGUAUUCAGUGCAGAUAACCUGGUUACCGAAAGUGGAGAUGGAGAGGAGUCUGAAUGGAUCUCACAAAACUCAGUUCCCACAAUUGGCCAUUCUAAUGGGGAUCAUGACUUAGCAAAUACAGUCCUUCAGGUAUUACUCUGGGCUUUGCGUUUUUAUGAGCAAACUUUUUCUCCAACAAGAUAGGUUAUCUGAUUUUACUGCAGAAUGUAACUGCACAUUUUCCUGAAUCGAUGUGAUGCUUCUUAUCUAUCGAAGUCUUUGAAUUAAGUGUAGUAGUGACCAUUGAGUUGUGUUACCUUGGGGCCUUUGUCUCCUCUUUCUUCAAAAGUCAUAAAUAGUCGAAGCAAUUGCUUGGAGGAACUGUCACUUAAGUUUGUAUGGUAAAAGUUUGUAAAGAUUGCAUUUUCACCUUGGAGUCUUGGACUUGUGUGUUCUCCAGAAAGCAUUUUCAAUCAGGUUUUGAACCAUAUACUUUAUAGACAAGUGUAGUUUUAUUGUUUAACUGACCUAAUCCAUAUUUGCGAAUAGUAAUGAUAAAAGGCUUGCUAAAAUUCGAGUAGAUUGCAUAGUGAAUUGUGUGCCACAUUCAUGUUGAUAAUUAAUCUGUUUGAUAAUCUUUUCGUAUGAAUUUGUUUCAUAAUUUUAUUGUUUCAUUGGCCUAAUCCUGGUUUGUGAAUAGUAAUGGAAAAUGCUUGUGAAAAUUGCAGUAAAUUGCAUAGAGAUUGAUGUGCCGUACCCAAUCUGUUUGUUUUUUGUAAUCUUUUAGUAUGUAUUUGUCUAAUCAGUGACCAGUCAGGUGAGAAUCCACUUCUUGCUUUUCAGUAUGCCUAUCCUUCUCACAUGUGAGCUAAGCCCCAUUUUUAUUGUGCGACUGCUUAGCCACUGAGCUAAUUCAUCCCACUGGGAUGAUCAUUUUCCCACUGGAAUGCUUAGAUGACCAUAUGUCUGGGACUUCUAGUUGUGUCACAUUGAACCUUCAGUAGGAAACUAACAUCUCAUAAACUUUGCAGCUUCAAAUUAAUGAUCAACGGUUCGAAGAUGCAGAAGAGAUGGAGAGUGAAUAAAGAUGACUACAGCCUAUCGGAUACUUGCUGGAACAGGGACAGACUCACAACUUCGAGAGAUAUCUUAGUUGAUUUUAUGAACGGGAAUGAUGCUAGAAUCAAUUUAGACAUGAAGUUUUCACCAAAAGCCAUUGCAUUAACUUUGUAUUAGGUGGGUGGAUAUUUGUGGUAAAGUAAUCACUCUUACUCUAAAACUGCCAUAGGCUCCAGACCUUCGUGUAAGGUGAAAAACAUGUGUCAUUUAGCAUCAGUGUGAUUAAGCGUAAAUAUUUAUGUGUUCUCACUUUUUGAGAAGUUUCGUGACUUUUCAUCCUUUUGAGGCAUCUAUAUUUUCACCAUUGAAAAUCAAUAUUUUACCUUUGCGGAGGAUUCAUUCUUUCAUUCAUUGACGCUAAAUUGCAAAUUGGGGAGGUAUGGAGAGAGAAUGAGAUAUUUCUAAGUUUAUAG